GAAGUGGGGAUAUUGAGAGGAAAGAUCAACAGGAUUUUUUUAAAUGCCCCCCCCAGGAUCUUUUUGGGGGAGACCGCACAAUAAGUUGUUGAGCUUUCUUUGGGAGAUCGUGCAAUGAGUUGCUUUUAAUAUGUAAAAAACAAACAAGCAUACAAACCCGGGGCCCGGGCUUUUGCAAGGGACCUCAGUUUGUUAAGUAUUUCUAUUGCUUUCUAACACUUUUUUUAGGACUCGGAGAAUGAGUCUCCCCGGGGGAAACGCAUCUGAUCAUGUGCAGAGUGCCUUCUGCUGGUAGCAGUGAUUACAACACAUGUCUGAGAUCAAUGAAUAAGGUUUCCCUAGAGCAGAAGAUUUCAACCUUUUUGAGUCCAUGGCUCCCUUGACCAACUGCAUUCUUUCUGCGGCACCCCCGUGGGGCUCAGGAGCCCAGUUAUGUCACCCUUUCCUGCAGAACUGGCAGCCCCUUGCCCUUUCUUGUGGAGCGUUCUGUCAGCCUCCUCUCCGCUCUCAUUGAGAGGUGCCUCCUCACACUGCCCUACAGGGGCCAGGGACUUGUCUGUCCAUUCCAGAGAGCAAGGGCUGGUGGACUAGUUGGCUGGGCUCCCUCACCCGCUUGCUUGCUUGUUUGCUUACUUCAAGGCUACCUCAGCUACUGGCAACCAGCAACACCUGACCAGCCAGAGCUUGUAGCCAGUGUUGCUGUAACAAACAGCUGUGCAAGUCUUUGGGAGGCUGAAAUGGCAGAGGGCAUCAGAGGAAGGAGGGACAGAGAUGAUGAAGUUUUUGCAGCUUUUCGGGCGAUUGCGAUCAGUCAUCAUUGGGAUGGUCCAUGUGAAAGCGCUGCCAGGAACCCCAAGGAAUACCUUGCCAUUGCCUCAGAUCAUUGAAGAAGCCUGUCAGGAAGCUGAGAUUUACAGGGCUGCAGGAGUUGAUGGUUUGAUUGUAGAAAAUAUGCAUGAUCGGCCGUACACAGUUGGUGUUGGUGCAGAAAUCACUGCAGCCAUGGCAGUCAUUUGUGCCACUGUGAAACAGACGUGCCCCCGUCUCCCAGUGGGUGUUCAGAUCCUAAGUGCUGCAAACCAAGAGGCUGUAGCCAUCGCUCUUGCUGCUGGUCUUGACUUCAUUCGAGCGGAAGGCUUUGUUUUUUCUCACGUGGCAGAUGAAGGGAUUCUGAAUGCCUGUGCUGGCAACUUGCUAAGAUACCGGAAGCAAAUUGGAGCAGAACACAUUCAGUUUUUUGCUGACGUUAAAAAGAAACACAGUUCUCACGCUCUGACAGCUGACGUCAGUGUAGCAGAGACGGCUAUGGCUGCUGAAUUCUUUCUGGCUGACGGGGUCAUAUUGACUGGAGCUGCCACUGGAUUGGAGGCAGAUCCCAAAGAACUGGAAGAAGUUGGAUGUGCUGUGAAGAUUCCAGUGCUGGUUGGAUCUGGAGUGACUCUGGAAAACUUGAAGAACUACUUGGGUGCAAAUGCCUUGAUCGUUGGUUCCUAUUUCAAGAAAGAAAGCUAUUGGGCAAAUAACAUUGACCCGGAUCGUGUGAAGCGGUUUAUGGAUUACGCUGCUGAACUGAGAGUGUGACAUUGUUGGAUCCUACAGUAAUCAUACACAGCCCUUAAGCCGCAGUGCGUCCCAGCACCUUAUCUUGUAACUUGAAGCCUUUGGUUUGGGUCCUACCCUCUGGAGCAGG